AGCUCCUCCGCCGCCAGCCGCAGGUGUUAUUUCUGCCAAGCGGCGUUCACUUCUCAGGGUGUUGUCGUCCACAUCUCCGGUUGCAUACGGCCUGCCGCGUCCACUUCACAGACGGCAGUACGGCCAAGAGAUGUAUCACGCCCACUGCACUCUACUGCGGUAGUCCGGUCUCUUGCCGAUCUGUCAAAACCUAUGGGAUUUUGCCGACCAGUCAUCACCGGAAACCAAGUAAGCUGGCAAAUUCCUAAAUUCUUCUUCCCCUCUCCUCAGUUUUCCUUAUGAGUCAUGUCACCGCGCUCUUAACACCAAGACAUCAACACCUAUUCAAAACCAUCCUUAAUUACACCCACGAGAGGAAUCUUCCCAAAGGCAAAUGUCUCCAUGGCCAUCUCAUCAAAACCGGUUCCUCUUCCUGCAUUUAUCUCUCUAACAGCAUUGUUAACUUCUAUGCCAAGUGCAUCCUAUUGCGAGAAGCCCAUCGAGCAUUUGACGACAUCUGUAACAAAGACACUGUCUCAUGGAACUGCCUCAUCAGUGGCUACUCACGACUGGGUCGCCAAGACUCAUUCUUUUCUGUGCUCAACCUCUUCAAGAAAAUGAGGGACCAAAACGUGGUUCCGAACUCCCAUACUUUUUCUGGCAUUUUCUCUUCUGCUUCGUAUUUGGGCGACACAUUUGUUGGGCAGCAAGCUCAUUGUUUGGCCAUUAAGUUGUGUGUUUUUGAUGAUGUGUUUGUGGGGAGCUCGUUGAUGAAUAUGUACUGUAAGAUUGGGCAUAUUGGCGAUGCCCAUAGGGUGUUUGAUGAAAUGCCUGACAAAAAUGCGGUGUCUUGGGCCACAAUGAUAUCUGGGUACGCUUCACUAAGGCGUGCUGAUGAAGCUUUGUGUAUUUUUAAAAUGAUGUUGGAAUCCGAGAAUGAAGCAAAUGAGUUUGCAUUCACCGGUGUUCUUAGCGCUCUCGUAUUACCUGAAUUCGUGAAUGUUGGCAAGCAAAUCCAUUCUUUUUCAAUUAAAAGUGGAUUGUUAUCUAUUGUUUCAGUUGCAAAUGCUUUGGUCACUAUGUAUGCAAAGUGUGGAAGCUUGGAUGAUGCAUGUCAAGCAUUCGAGUCCUCAAAUAUCAAAGAAUCUAUCACCUGGUCUGCAAUGGUCACUGGUUAUGCACAGAACGGAAGUAGCGAGAGAGCUUUAAAGUUGUUUUCGGAAAUGCAUUAUUGUGGGGUGAUCCCUAGUGAGUACACUCUUGUGGGAGUCCUCAAUGCUUGCAGUGACAUCGAGGCAUCCAUUGAAGGAAGACAGAUCCAUGGAUUCCUUUGGAAGUUAGGGUUUGAGUCUCAAAUGUACAUUAUAACAGCAUUAGUUGACAUGUACUCCAAGUGUGGAAUGAUUGGCGAUGCUAAACGCAUGUUUGAUUGUCUCGGAGAGACAGACAUUGUUCUGUGGACUUCAAUGAUGGCUGGGUAUGUCCAAAACGGGGACAGCGAGAGCGCUAUCAAUAUGUAUUGCCAGAUGAGAAAAAAGGACAUAUUACCAAAUGACCUGACCAUGUCGAGCGUUCUAAGAGCAUGUUCAUCCAUUGCCUCUUUAGAGCAGGGAAAACAGCUACACGCUCACGCUGUCAAAUAUGGUCUGACUCUCACUGUUCCUGUCGGAAGUGCCCUUGCAACUAUGUAUACGAAGUGUGGGACUCUCAACGACGGGACCCUAGUCUUCAAGAUGAUGCCGGACCGAGAUGUCGCUUCCUGGAACUCCAUGAUAUCCGGCCUUUCCCAAAACGGGCACGGGAUAGAAGCGCUCGAGCUUUUUGAGGAGAUGCGAAAAACGUCCGGCAGAAAGCCGGAUCACGUCACCUUCGUCAACGUUCUCUCUGCUUGUAGCCACAUGGGGUUGGUAGAGAAGGGGUGGGAAUACUUCAAGAUGAUGUCUGAUGAAUUCGGUCUAGAGCCCGAGUUGGAGCACCACGCUUGUAUGGUUGACAUCCUAGGUCGUGCGGGGAAACUAAACGAAGCCAAAGACUUUAUAUUGUCUUGCACGUUUGACCACGGGCAAUGCUUGUGGCGUAUACUGUUAAGUGCUUGCCGGAACUAUAGAAACUAUGAGCUGGGAGCGUACGCCGGGGAGAAGUUAAUGGAGGUGGGGUCAUUGGAGUCAUCCGCAUACGUUCUGUUGUCGAGCAUUUAUUCAGCUCUUGGGAGGGGAGAGGAUGUGGAAAGGGUAAGGCGUUUGAUGAGUCAGCGCGGCGUGAGCAAGGAACCAGGGUGUAGUUGGAUUGAGGUGAAGACUAGGUUUCAUGUUUUUCUGGUUGCUGAUCAGUUGCAUCCGGAGAUUAAAGAGAUUCGCGAGGAGCUUCUGAGGCUAACCAAGUUGAUGAAAGGCGAAGAAGAUGUUGUUGAAGAACUGGAUUUGGACAUGUUUUUGGAGGCUCUUUGAAGUUGAUUUUCACACUAAGGGUCCGUUAGUAAAGAUGGGAAAUGGCUUCUGGAAAACGAGUUGCAGAAAAUAAAUUUGUUUUCUGGUAUUUGGAACUAAUUUUUCGGCGUAGCAGGCAGGAUAUACAGAGAGAACUGAACAGCUCUCACAGAUAAUUUCAUUUGAUAGGGGAAUUAUAUUCUUUAAUACGUACCACCGUCAGUUACUACACAACAAAGGGGAUAAGGAAAUAUGGUCCAUCGCCUUCAUACUGUGCUGAUGUUGCAGAGGAGUUUGGAUUUUGAAGUUGGAUUUGACUAAGCUCUACCACAACGAGAUUCGUUCGGCUGGGUUCUCGUGUUCAGUUUGAAGUAUCGGUUCUAGUUCAUUGGACAUCGGUGUGGUUUCGGGAAUGCCCGUUUUUCGUUGAAGAAAUGAAGAUGUUGAUGUUGUUGAGCAUCAACCAACUGAGGUGAAAAAUGAUGAUAAUGUUUCAUUGGUUAAACUUCUCACUUCAUACCUUUCUUUGCCAAGAAACUUCAUUUCCAUCUGCAAUGCAGUUCUUUCAGAAGCCCCAAUGGGAUUUGGAUAUUGCAAAGCUCAUGCUUUCCCAUUUUUUAUUACUUCUUCCGUCCCAAAAUGUUUGCCACAUUUGUUUUUUCAACAAUCACGAGAAUUUUUGUUUACC